GUGACGUCCUUCCUUCGUCCUUUCCUCUACUACCGGCGAGAAUGAAGACCAUUCUCAGUAACCAGACUGUGGAUAUCCCCGACGGUGUCGAGGUGAGGCUGAAGGGACGGACUGUCAUCGUCAAGGGUCCCCGGGGGGUUCUCCGCAGGGAGUUCAACCACAUCAACCUGGAACUCAGCCUGUUGGGGAAGACGCACAAAAAGCUGCGUGUGGAUAAAUGGUGGGGCAACAGGAAGGAGCUGGCCACAGUCAGAACCAUCUGCAGUCACGUCCAGAACAUGAUCAAGGGAGUCACCAUGGGUUUCCGCUAUAAGAUGCGCUCGGUGUACGCCCAUUUCCCCAUCAACGUUGUGAUGCAGGAGAGUGGAGCUCUGGUGGAGAUCAGGAACUUCCUGGGGGAGAAAUACAUCCGUCGGGUCCGCAUGAGACAGGGUGUGUCCUGUGCCGUGUCUGCAGCCCAGAAGGAUGAGUUGAUUCUGGAGGGAAACGAUGUUGAGCUGGUGUCUAACUCUGCCGCUCUCAUCCAGCAAGCCACCACGGUCAAAAACAAGGAUAUCAGGAAGUUCCUGGACGGAAUCUACGUGUCUGAGAAGGGAACGGUCGUCCAGAAAGAGGAUUAGAGCCACUCUGAUCCAACAAGUCACCACGGUCAAGAAGGACAUCAGGAAGUUCCUGGAUGGGAUCUACGUCAGUGAGAAGAGACCACUGUGGCGGAAACAGACGGACGAAUAACUGAAUCAGAUGCAUCUCUGGAACUCACUAUUGACCAAUAAAAUCCCUCCCUUUUUUUCAAUGACACCCCA